GAAAAAAACGUCAUACAAGCAAAUUAGAAAACGCAACUCUCUCUCUCUCUCUCUCGGACAUCUUUGUCCACUCUUUUCAAUUAUCUGGGUUCUUUCCAGUUGCUCUUUUGGGAUUCUAUAUUAUUAGAUUAUACAAGGGAGAGAGAGAUUGUUAUAUAAUAUUUAAAAAAGGGCAAAGGCCCGAACCAAACAAUUAAGGUCGAGUUUGUUGUCUUGUCGGUAAAAUGGUUGCCCCUUUGUCAGCUUGGCCUUGGGAGAACUUGGGCAUCUUCAAGUAUCUACUAUACGGACCUUUUCUUGCAAAAGUUUUGUAUUCAAGAUUUCAUGAGGAAGAAUCCCACGAGGAUAGCAGCUGGUGCCUCCAUCUUCUGAUAAUAUGUGCACUUCGAGGUUUAAUUCAUCAGUUAUGGAGCUCCUACAAUAACAUGCUUUUCCUGACGCGAAAUCGCCGGAUUCUCCAACAAGCUGUUGGUUUCAAGCAGAUUGACAGCGAAUGGGACUGGGACAAUUUCAUUAUUCUUCAAGCAUUAAUUGCCUCCAUGGGAUCCUAUAUGUUUCCGUUCCUUCAAAAUCUUCCUCACUGGAACGCAAAAGGAUUUAUUGCUCUUCUGACACUCCAUAUGGCUGUUUCAGAGCCUCUCUAUUAUUGGAUGCAUAGAUACGUCCACGGGAGCCAUCUUUUUACCCAUUACCAUUCACUUCACCAUUCGUCUCCAGUACCUAAUCCUUUUACAGCUGGAUAUGCAACGUUUUUGGAGCAUAUUAUGUUAAGUGUUGUCAUUGGAAUUCCGAUUCUUGGGGCUUCUGCAAUGGGAUGUGGAUCAAUAAGCAUGAUCUAUGCCUAUGUUUUAAUCUUUGAUUUUUUGAGAUGCUUGGGGCACUGCAAUGUGGAAGUUGUUCCUUAUCAAAUUUUCGACGCCAUUCCCUUUGCUAGAUAUCUUCUCUAUACACCAACAUAUCAUAGUUUACAUCACACAGAGAUGGGGACCAAUUUCUGCCUCUUUAUGCCGCUCUUUGAUGCAUUAUGGAAGACACUCAAUGGCAAAUCGUGGGAAUUGCAGAAGAAAAUAAGUUCAAAUCUAGAAAAACAUGGAAGGGUACCGGAUUUUGUUUUCCUAGCCCAUGUGGUGGAUGUCUCAGCCGCUAUGCAUGCACCGUUCGUUUUCCGGUCGGUUGCAUCGCUGCCGUAUUUGACGAGGAUCUUCUUAUUCCCGAUAUGGCCCUUUACCUUGUUGGUGUUGCUCGUGAUGUGGGCUUCGUCCAAAACCUUUCUUUACACUUUCUACGAGCUUCGAGGCCGGUUGCACCAGACAUGGGCGGUGCCUAGGUUUGGCUUUCAGUAUUUCUUACCAUUUGCUAGAGAGGGCAUCAACAACCACAUUGAAGAGGCCAUUCUCAGGGCUGACAAACUUGGGGUUAAAGUCAUUAGCCUUGCUGCACUAAAUAAGAAUGAAGCUCUGAAUGGGGGUGGAACACUGUUUGUUAACAAGCACCCCAACCUUAAAGUUCGAGUUGUCCAUGGGAACACUUUAACCGCCGCAGUUAUUAUCAACGACCUGCCCAAGGAUGUUGAAGAGGUAUUUUUAUCAGGAGCAACUUCCAAGCUCGGUAGAGCCAUCGCCCUCUACCUUUGCCGGAGGAGAGUAAGAGUCCUGAUGCUAACUCUAUCAGCAGAAAGAUUUCAAAAAAUUCAGAAGGAAGCCCCAGUUGAUUGCCAGAGCUACCUAGUCCAGGUGACAAAAUACCAAGCAGCACGCAACUGUAAGACAUGGAUUGUUGGCAAAUGGAUUACACCUAGAGAACAAAGGUGGGCACCGCCGGGAACACAUUUCCAUCAGUUCGUGGUACCCCCGAUCUUGUCCUAUAGAAGAGAUUGCACUUAUGGUGAUCUUGCAGCCAUGAGUUUACCUGAUGACGUCCAAGGGCUUGGAUGCUGUGAGUAUACCAUGGAUAGAGGCGUUGUUCAUGCAUGCCAUGCGGGGGGCGUGGUUCAUCUCCUCGAAGGUUGGACUCACCACGAAGUCGGGGCGAUUGACGUCGAGAGGAUCGACCUUGUGUGGGAAGCAGCAUCAAAACACGGUCUUAAGCCAGUUUAAUCAAACGAAGUUUGAUUACAGCGUACGUACGUACGUGAGAUCGAUGUUUGAGGGCCGGGAAAGAAGGAGCAAUUGGUUAAUUGGAACAAGCAAGCUAGCCCUUUUUCUUUGUGUUUAUGGACAACGUACGAAUUGUGGUUGUCGUUAUUUUUCUUCUUCAAUUCGCUAGUUCAAGUAAUUGUAUUACACAUGAAUGAAUAGAUCGAUCGAGCGACUUGUUUCUUUCCUUAGCGGAAGAAUAAAAACUUAAUAUAUUAUUGACACUAUAUAUAUGUAUUUGUGCUCAUAUAUAUAUAUAUAUAUCAUCAAUUGGUGAUAGUCCAAAA